CGCCAAACUACAAAACGCGCCCAGAGACCGUUGUUGUUUGUGUUUUGCAAUUGCAUUCCUGAGAGAAACAUAAAAAAUGCCUGUAAAGAGAGCCCUUCAUUUACAUGACAAAGAAAACACCCCAGCAAAGAGGCAUGCAUCAAACAUGAAUUAUUCCCCUAUGACUGGAACUCGAUUGAUGAGUCCCACGACUAAACCUGCAGGUAAUUCCAAAGCAGUUGGGAAGACAACGAAUCCCCCUAAAACAAAAGAACCCAUGACGGAUGCUGAGAGAAUUGUGUUCCUCAGGUGUAAGGUGAAAAGGUCUCUCAAAGACAUAAUGAAAUACAGGCAACAGCUGGGGACAUUAGUGCCAAUAGAGGACAGUAGUGAGCUGAGAAGUCUCUUGCUGAUGAGUCCUGCUGAUCUGCAAACUGAACUCAAGAUGCAUGAAGAUCUGUCUGCUAAAAUUGCAUCUGGUGUACACAGGGCAGACACAGACAAAGGUCGUUACCAAGGGUUGAAACAGACCAGCAGCUCUUAUGUAUUUCUGAAGGAAAUAUUAAGCCUCUGAUCUUCUCUUGAUGUUCAACUUGCACAGCAGAUGGUGCCCUCUCAGACCUCCUAUUUCUGCCUAAGGUGGAUCAUGUAACCUUCUCUUUGUCACUUCUACUGGCCUCAUUUUUGUCCAGGACAAAAUCUUAAGUUGACCUACCAAAACACCCUUGUCACGUAUGCUCUGAGCAGAACAAGGACUUUAGGUUGUUUUCAACCUUGUAACAUUCAAUAAUUUGGUCUGUAUAAGUCUGACCGUAAAGUUCACAGAGUUCAUAAGAGAUCAGCAUGCAUGCCAGGCAUGAUCUGAAAGCAAUUGUAUCCUAAGGUUGUUUAAUAUUAGCAUCAGCCCUUAAAUAUUGUAUUAUACUUCCUGGCAGAGUUUGUCUCUUUGCAGUUUGUUUCCUAAUCUAAUAUCAUGUGUAAAAUGGUAAAACCAAAACCUGUUCAUUCUCCCCUCAUCCUCGUUGUAUGUGUGUGUAUAGCACCAGAGUAAGCACUGGCUGUAACACACUAGCCCUUUUGUGACCUGAUAACAUUUAUAGUUGUAAUGGAUUUUUUUUAAUGGCCGUCAUUAACUCGCACAAAGAGGGGUGAAAAAGAUUGCUUGUACUUUUUCCCGCUGGUAUUUCAGCUUUACAGCAUUAUCUUCUGAUAUGUCUCCUUCCAUCAUUUUUGUUUUACAGCCCAUGGAGUCGAAGCAUUUUAAUGCAUGGCUUUAUAAUCCGCCUCUUGUCUUCUGUCACUUCCAAGAUAAUUCCAUUUUGGUAAAUUAAUGAGUCUUUUACUUCACCACAAUUAUUAUCAAAAAGUAGUAGUCAAAUAGAUUUUCCCCUACCAAGUUCCUUUAUUUAGUGCAACCUUUUGCUCAUUAACAGCAGUUGGGUCCUUUGAAAAGCCUUAGGACCCAUGUUCAGACACAAGAUAAAGACAUUUUCAUUUGGUACAAAAACUUUGAAUGAUGUAUCAAAAAUGUUAUUAAAAAAAUAAAUAUAUUU